AUGGGUUUUGCGGAGCAUUGGAUUGUUUUGAUGAUGCAAUGUAUAACCUCGGUUAAGUACCAGGUGCUACUCAAUGGACAACCAAAAGGACGAAUUGUUCCACACAGGGGCCUGCGGCAAGGGGACCCGUUAUCUCCAUAUCUUUUUAUUCUAUGUACGGAGGUUUUGAUAGCAAACCUAAAGAAGGCAGAAGAAAUGAAGAAGAUUACGGGAUUGAAAGUGGCUCGUGCGUGUCCGGCAGUGUCCCAUCUCCUUUUUGCUGAUGACAGUUUGUUUUUCUGUAAAGCGACAAGGGACGAGUGUCAGGCCUUCAUUCAGAUUCUUAAAGAAUAUGAGGCCACCUCGGGCCAACAAAUUAACUUUGGGAAGUCCUCGGUACAGUUCGGACAUACGGUAGACCCAGGGGUGAGGCAGGAGGUUCAUCAGAUCCUGGGGAUUACCGCGGUGGGGGGAGUCGGGACCUAUCUGGGAAUUCCGGAAAGUUUGGGAGGCGCAAAGACAAAGAUUUUUAGCUUUUUAGUGGAACGGCAAAAUCAACGCAUUAAUGGGUGGAACUCGAAAUGGCUGUCAAAAGGAGGAAAAGAGGUUCUUCUCAAGUCAGUAGCCUCGGCAAUGCCCAUGUAUGUGAUGUCAUGUUUUCGGCUUCCCAAAGGGAUCACGAAUAAACUAUCAAGCGCGGUAUCGAAUUUCUGGUGGAGCAACAAUGGGCAAUCACGGGGAAUGCAUUGGCUGGCUUGGAAGAAACUCUGUCGACAUAAGAAAGAUGGGGGUUUGGGUUUCAGGGUUAUCGAAGAUUUUAACACGGCUUUACUUGCAAAACAACUAUGGCGACUGAUGGAUUAUCCGGAAUCGUUAUUUGCACGAGUUUUCAAAGGGCGGUACUAUCGUAACUCUACCCCUUUGGAACUCAACAGAUCUUACUCGCCUUCUUAUGGUUGGCAGAGUAUAGUUUCGGCUCGACCUCUGGUUCACAAAUGA